GGUAGCAGACCCCGGCUGAUGGCAGCUGGGGUGCUGAGGAGUGACUGCAGGGACUCCGCAGGCAUUUUGACAGCCGACACAUUUGCUGGGACUGGCCUGUGGGCAGUGAAAGGCCAAGGUCACAUGACUCGGGGCGGGGGCGUCCAAGGAGAAAAUGAAGAGCUCGGAGUGACCUCCUCGGCCUGCGUGCAUUGGUUCUGCUUGGACCGGGUUCCAGCCCCAGCUCCUCAUCCCGGCUUCCCUACCUAUCUGGCCACAGGAAUGAGGGGCCUCCGGCGGAGAUGAUAGUGUUGGCACCAGCCUGGAGCCAAACUACCUCCCUGCUGCUGCUGCUGCUGCUGCUGCGCCCCGGCCUCGGCGGGACCCCCGACUGCUCCUUCCGCCACAGCCCCAUCUCCUCCACCUUCGCGGACACCAUCCGCAAGCUGUCAGACUACCUGCUCCAAGAUUACCCGGUCAUGGUCGCCUCCAACCUGCAGGACGACAAGCUCUGCGGGGCCUUCUGGCGCCUCGUGCUGGCCCAGCGCUGGAUGGGACAGCUCAAGACCGUGGCGGGGGCCCAGAUGGAAAAGCUGCUGGAGGCCGUCAACACCGAGAUACACUUUGUCACCUUAUGCGCCCUCCAGCCCCUCCCUAGCUGUCUUCGCUUCGUCCAGACCAACAUCUCCCACCUCCUGCAGGACACCUCCGAGCAGCUGGUGGCCUUGAAGCCCUGGAUCACCCGCUGGAAUUUCUCGGGGUGCCUGGAGCUGCAGUGUCAGCCGGACUCCUCCACUCUGCUGCCCUCAGCGAGCCCCCUGGCCUUGGCGGCCACAGCCCUGCCAGCCCCACAGGCUUCUUUGCUGCUCCUGCUGCUGCUGCCGGCGGCCCUUGCGCUGCUGGUCGCUGCCUGGUGCCUGGGCUGGCGAAGGAGGAGGCGGAGGCCCUGCCCUGGGGAGCAGGGGACACCGAGGCCCAGCGCGAGGAGCCAGCCGCCCGAGGACACAGAGCCGGGACCCGGAGGACGUCAGCCAGAGAGCCGGCCCUGCCUCGGCGGCACGGCCCCCGCCACUGUGUCCCCGGGACGGAGGCCACGCCGGCUGCCGGCGCCGGCCCCCGCCCCGCCUGCCCCACUCUGUACAAAGCCCUCGUCCCCAGGAACUUGUACAUAAAUCAUCCUUUUCUA